CUUUGCUUUUACAGGCGUUUAGCUGCAAAAACGGAGUGCACAAAGCGAACAUCACAUGUGAAGUUUUUCUCCGUGUACAUCGACUGUAACCCAGAAAGCGAAAGCACCCUAUGGUCUUGUGACGCUAUCGUUGAAUUCCGCCUGCUCUCGCAACGUCCUGAUGUUCCCCAUUUCUCGCGACAGUUCACUAAUAAGUUCAACUUCAACUCGAAUAACUGGGGAUUUCCAUCGUUCAUGGAGUGGGGAGAUAUUCUCAACGUUGAUAAAGGAUAUGUGAAAGGUGAUCGUGUGGUCGUUGAGGCUCGGAUUACCGUACAGAAAGUUGUUGGAGUGAGGAAAAAUCCUCACUUCGACUUUCUGUCUCAAGAACCUCACACCUCCGAUGCUGUACUUGUUAUUGACGGGGUCAAAUUGCACGUCAGCAAGACGUACCUCUCACUGUACUCGCCAGUGUUCUAUGCGCUGUUCUUCGGUAAAUUCAGUGAAAGAGAUAAACGGGAAAUACCUGUAGAAGACGUGAUACUAGAUGAGUUCGUCGAACUUCUCAACGUCGUCUAUCCUAGCCAUAAGCCAGUCUCCACUGACAAUGUGGAGUUCCUUUUGGAACUGGGCGACAAGUUUGAGAUACAAUUUGUUAUUGACGAAUGUGAGCGCUUCUUAAUGUCCACGGAUGACAUACCUAUCGUCACAAAGCUUGUUUGGGCAGAUCAGUAUUGCCUGGCAAAGUUGCAGGACGCGUGCGUUCGUACGUUCAAAUGUGUGAAUGACAUAAAAGCGUUGAAACUCACCGAAGAAUACAAGAACCUGAGCGAUACAACGAAAGCAGCCUUACUAGAGAAGAUAUUUAAAAUUUGA